CAUUCAACCGAGCAGGAGUAAAUAGGAUCUAAUAAACCAAAUGAACCACAGUGACAAGUUCAUUCAAUCCCAAUAAGAAACUCAAUACUGAGACCAGAAAUGGGUCGAAUUCCAGAGAGUAUGUCCAGAAAUUCGCAUCAUCAACAUCAACCUGACCUUCUACUACAAAAAUUAGGCGAUACAAAGCCAAACUCCAAUCGCAAUGAAACCCGUACCGAUCAAAGCGAACCCAAUUCGAGUUUCUUCCCCUAGCAUCAUACCGGCCGUGGCAGCGAAAGUCGUGGCGUUGGUGACAGGGACGGCGAGCGAAAUUGGGGCGUCGCUCAAGAGAGCGAAGAAGGUGGCGGACGCCGAGAGGUUGAUCAAGAAAGGGAUCGAGUACUGCCAGAACAGCAGAAGGCUAAUUGCGGUUCCGAGCGAGGAGACGAGCUUCUAGUGGAUCGCUGUCGAUUUCGGUGCGGCGGCAUCGGGAGGGGGAGAUCCGAGAGAUCUCUUGUCGUAGAGUAGAGCCCCGCGGCGGAUCAGGGCAUCGGUGGCGCCCCAGACUAUGCCGACGGCCACCAUUUUCUCGACGUUACCGGCCAUCGAUAUACCUGGGCGGUGGCUCCGGUGCGGUUAGUAACCUCAACGGUGGUAGAUCGUAACCUUAACCGUCCGCAAUGGCUUGUGAUAGAAUAUGACUUGGGUUUGUUUUGGGCCUAUUUUGUUUGGGUUUGUGUUUGGACUUUAUUUUGGUCUUUUCCUUGUAUGUUUGGGAAAAGGUGUUUGGUUUUCUGUUUGGAUUAGGAGAAGAGUUCUAUAAAUACUCUUCAUCACCCUAGUCUGUAGUAAGGUCAGUCAGGUUUGUUUGUUUGGUUUAUCCGUUUGGAAUUUGGUUUGUAACUUGUACUCUCCUCAAAUUAGUGAAAUUUGUCCCCCCUGCUCGUAGAUUAGCUAGCACACAUUGUGUUAGUGAACCACGUUAAAUUUGUGUUCGUUCGUACUGGUUUGGAUUAUCGAUUGCACGCUUCUAUUCUGACAAGUGGUAUCAGAGCCUUUGGUUGCGGUUUUGGGAAUUUGGCGCUGGACUGAAGUUUUGCUUUGUGGAGUUUGGUUGGAAUUUGUUUGAUAGUAAGAAUGGCUGCUAUCAGUAUGAAGAUUUAGAAGUUUACCGGAAGAAACAGUUUCAGUUUGUGGCAGAUCAAGAUGCAAGCGCUGUUGAAACAACAAGGUUUGUGGGCUCCAUUGUCUGGAAAAUCGAAGAAGGAAAAUAUAGAUGAAAAAGAGUGGAUUACUUUGGAGGAGAAAGCUCACUCUACAAUCUUGCUUUAUUUAGCUGAUGACAUCAUCACUGAGGUUGCUGCUGAGAAGACUGUUGUGGGUUUGUGGUUGAAUCUUGAAAAUCUAUACAUGACAAAGUCUUUAACCAACAAGUUGCAUAUGAAGCAACGUUUGUUCAGUUUGCGUAUGGAGGAAGGUACGUCUCUCAGGAAUCAUCUAGAUCCACUCAAUACAUCUUGCUAGAUCUGCGAAAUAUUGAUGUUAAAAUAGAUGAUGAGGAUGCUGCCUUAAUUUUGUUAGUAUCUUUGCCACUGUCAUAUGAGAAUUUUGUGGAUUCUUUUAUUGUUGGGAAAGAUAGUUUGUCUUUGGAAGAUGUCAGAUAUGCUCUACACACUAGAGAGGUUCGACAUAAGGCAUCUGGUUCAGGUUCGGAAAAUCAGGCAUCUGGGUUGACUGGUACGAGUAGUAGGAGACAACAAUCUGGUAAUAGGAAGGCGAAUACAAAUUCGAAUUCUACUGGUUUGAAGGAUGAUAUCUGUCAUUACUGCAAGGAGAAAGGACAUUGAAAAUUUGAUUGUCAUAAACUGAAGAAAUAUCAGGAGAAGAAGGAAUCAUCUGCUGCUGUAGCGGAAGAAACUAACUCUGAUUCUGAAGAUGGUUUAGCCUUAGUAGUGAAUGAACAGGUACAUCAUCA